CUUGCAUCUUUUUCUUUUUAUCCAAAAAUGAAGCUUACUGAUCAUCUUCUUUCAUUAAAUAAGGAAGAAUUUAAAAAGGCUACUCAACAUCCUUUCCUGACAGAAGUAGGUAGCCUUAAAGUAAAGCCUGAACACUUGAAGUCCUGGUUAAUCCAAGACAGAUACUACACGGGUGGAUAUAUCAAAAUGAUGGGAAUCAUGAUAUCUCGCUUACCAUUAUAUGAACAACAGAGAGACUUGGGCGAUAAUGAUCCUUCGUAUACACCUGAAAGAGCUCAAAGGGUCAUCCAGACAUUAGCUUUUGCUUUAUCCAACGUGCAUCGAGAGGCUAAUUUCUUUACAGAUAUCCUGUCUAGACCCUCUUACGCACAAUGUGAUAAGGUCUCUUUUGAGCAAAAGGACUGGACAACACGAUAUGUUGAUUUCCACAAGAAGGUAGCUUAUGAAAGUGGUUAUGACUUGGGAGAGGCCUUGGUUGUCUUGUGGGCCAUGGAAUACGUAUUCUAUACUGCUUGGAGCCAUGCGAAAUCUAUUAACGCGGGUAAUGGAAAAGAUUCAGAUGAUAUCCAUAUCAAGUCGUGUCAUGAACUCAUGUCAAACUGGACAUUGGAAGAAUUUAAACAAUUCGUGGAUGAAUGCGGAUCUCUGGUCAAUGAGCUCUCUUUGGAUGAUCCUCGGCGUUUAAAGAGCUUUGAAAAGGUUUAUAAAGACACAUUGGCUCUUGAAGUCAAAUUCUGGGAUAUGGCCUAUGAUUAAAAAAAAUAGUCGUGACGAUCGCCAAUAAAAAAAUUA